GUUUUUGCUAGACCCGACACUUCCGAGCGUAAGGUUAAGGGGGUUCUAAUCCAUGUCGAUGAAUUUUAAUUAUAUUGAUGCUGGCAGCUGCAAACACAUUUUCGCCGAUUGCCCUAUCCGUUUUCUUGGUGGCUUGCAUGCAUGUUGGAGAGAGACGGACAAGGACAAAUCUUUCAACAAACCUGCGAUAAGGAAUCUGGCUCUUGACUUUCUACCCAUUUUGCCCAUCCUGCCCAUCCUGCCCAUUCUCUAGUAUUCCUUUCAAGACAAUCCAUCCUUCGUCCUCUUCCCACGUUAUACUUUGAAGCUUCUAUUUCAUUUCCAUAUCCCGAAAUCUCGAUUGCAUCAUCUUGCAAUCAAGAGGUUCGAUUAAUCGAAGCUUUGGUACCCAGUCAACAAAUUUUACCUGCCGCGAAACAGCUUCUCAAAAACCUCCACAUCAACCGUUUCCUCGAGUCUAGCUCGAUACAACAUUGCUGUUUACACCACAGCAUCUUUGAACACUUAAUAUCAUUGAGCUGCAAGCUUCCCGAUCAAUAAAGAACGAUGUCUAGUGUUAAAACUAGACGACAAACAGCUGCCGCUUCUACACCAUCAACUCCUACUCCCGCAGCUCGUGAACAAGUCAUCAUGAACGGCAAUGGUAAUGGCUCGGCCCAUAAAUCCGAAGGGGCUGUCUAUGUUAAGGAAAACAUAUUCCUCUUCUGGCCCAAUGUUAUCGGAUACUUUCGAAUCGUGCUCGCAUUAGUAUCUCUAUACUACAUGCCCCUUCAUCCACGUACCUGCACUCUUCUCUACAGUAUCUCCUGUCUUCUCGAUGCUCUCGAUGGAUAUGCUGCCCGCUACUUUGAACAAUCUACAAAAUUUGGUGCGGUGUUGGAUAUGGUGACCGAUCGCUGUACCACAGCCUGUUUGCUGGUUUUCCUUUCUUCCGCCUGGCCUCGAUGGGCUCUUCUCUUCCAAGGACUCAUCUCGUUGGAUUUGGCUAGUCAUUACAUUCACAUGUAUGCGACCCUUGUUAUGGGAGGAGGAGAUACCAGUCACAAGCAAGUCGAUAAGUCUCGAAGUUGGAUUUUGAACUUGUAUUACACAAAUAAGACUGUCCUCUUCCUCUUCUGUGCUCUUAACGAAGUUUUCUUCAUCGCCCUCUACCUCCUUUCCUUCUCCUCUCCCCUGCUCUCACCAUCUCUCCUCCAAGUUACCAACAAUGGCGAAGCAGCAAGCACACUUAUCCCUGGAAGCCCCUCCAAUCCAUCUGCCGCAUCCCUUUUUGCCAAUCCCUACAGCGCCGGCGCAUUGGAGCUUGCGCGCGCCAAUAAGAUGGAUUCCACCUGGCCAUGGAUUAUUGCCGGAAUCUCGUUCCCCAUCAUGGCCGGAAAACAAAUCAUCAAUGUCGUACAAUUGGUCAAAGCUAGUCGGUGGUUGGCCGAGGGAGAUAUUCAAAUGAGGAGAGCAGCUGGGCUACCAAGACAGACAAAGGAGAAUUGAUUUACCUUGUGACAGGGGAUCUUUUCUUUUUUUUUCUCCAGUUGUUAGAUUUACUCUGUUCGAGUCUUUCCGACUCAUUUGUGUAUUGUUUGGACUUUUCGGUCCUCUUUACACAAAUCUACACUUCAGAUGUGUAGUUGUAUCAGAUAUUUUGGCUCAUGUAUAGUGCCGGGUUUUGCAUUCAUUCAUCCAUUUGAUUGAUUGAUUGAUUGUUCAUUCAUUCGUUAGAUUUAUUUUGAUAUUAUACAAAUAGGGAGCAUAAGGUAGAAGAGGAAAUGGCGUCGGGAUUCAUUUGCAGCCAUCUAAGUCUUAUAUGAUUGAUGGACAUGUGAAGUUGGGUCUGUAAUGGGAAUUGAAUUAUAUUCAAUAUAAUGAUAAUAUUCGAAACUUGAAUUGGAUUGUUGUUAAUGUAUGUAUGUAUGUAUGUAUGUAUGUAUGUAUGUAUGUAUGUAUGUAUGUAUGUAUGUAUGUAUGUAUGUAUGUAUGUAUGUAUGUAUGUGUGAGAAUAAUAAGUAUUGUGGGUUCGAGUAAAGUGAUUGACAAUGUAUAUAUAUAUGGAUUGACGAGUUAGUGAAAUAAGAGAAGAGGGAUA